UGAGCGGCCCAACAGGAAGGAAAGACACCUUUGGCUUAGUUGUUUUCUUUAUUCAAUUCUCUCUCUCUCUCUCUCUCUGUGUUUGGAAACUGCCAUCAGCCUCUUAUUAUGACUUUCUCGAGUCUGUUUUAUCUUUCUCUAUCAGUAUGCAUUUCUUUUGUCUUGUGGGUUAUUUAGUAAAUUACCCGUCGGUCUCCUCUGCCCUCAUUCUCAUCUCAUCUCAUUUCCCAAACAACCCCCCUCCAAUCUCUCUUUCCCUUGGUUUUUAUUCCUUUUUCCCGAGGGAGAGAGGUGUUUGUUUCUAGGUUUCACAAGGAUUCUGCCAAAGGUUAGGUUUCUCUGUCCUUGGCCGUAGAUCCAUCGCCCAAUCUGCUAUCUGUUGUCUGUUCUCAUAGCACAAAUGCAAGGGGAAAGGAGUGUUGUAAGUUCCUUGCCAGAGAGCUUAGGCUUUGAUCAUGGAUCUACGUCAAUGGAUGCAGGUAUGGAUCAGCAGAUAUGCUGGAAUAGUGUGCGAAAUUCUCCAGAAAAUGUGCCACCAAACUGUAUAACAUCUUCCAGUGAUACAAGUGGUGCUUAUAUGAACCCUAUGAGUCAAGGAGCACGGGAUGUAAGUGGAUGGUAUGCAGGUGAACCAAGUUCUAGUGGGACACGAAACCAUCUCAGCGAUGAUGAAUUGAAAUCAGAACACGGAUGGCCUACAGCUAUGGUUACUUGUGGUGGAGCAGGUCCAUUGUUGGAAGAGCAACAGAUUCAACCACCUAAUAUUCUUUCAUUAAAUAAUGCCAACGUAAACUGUAGUAGUAAUCAGAUUGCAAAUGUGCCUUUGUUUGUGCAAAGUUCCAGUAGUGCCAUUCCUCAAGACCUUAACAUGAGUCCAGGAACUGUAGGACAUGGCAGUAAUGGUUCUUAUACCAUGAACUGUCCUAAUGCUUGGAAGUCUGAUGGAUCAGAAAAUUUGCGAAUCCCAUCUGCCAGUAGUUCUUGUGAUCCUUUUGGGGUGCCUUCUGGUACUGUUGGAUAUACAGGGGAAGAAACUGAUGGAAGGCCCAGCUCUUCAGUGGAUGGUCGCCGCAUAUCUUGUAAAAGAAAGGCUCUUGAAUUCCAUACUGGGCAAUCUUCUACAAGUGAAAGUUCAAGUGACUUUCAGCAAGCUGGAAGUAGUGGUUGGCAAGCUGUUCCAGGUAGGUAUAAUGCAGGAAGCAGCUUAAGUGUAUCUACAUCGUCAGAAAAUAUUCUUGGUGUUGGUACUUCAGAACAGGUGAAUGCAAGACUUGGACUAGUUGCUAGAGCAGCUGCUUCUGAAAGUCCCAUUGCUCUAAAUAGAGAAGGAAAUGUAGAAAACUCUCAGAGAAAUUACCGCAUGAGGAUAAGUCCUUCAGUUGAACAAGAUUCUGCACCGUUGAACAUAGGCAGCAAUCUUGGGCAUCCUAAUGUGCCAUCACAGCUGCAGUCAUCGAGACUUUAUCCCCUCAAUAAUUCUUUGGAAAUGGUGUCCCCAUCUACAGCAGACAAUAUAGUUUCUCAAAGGCAAUCAGUUUUUGUGCAUGUUCCUGCUUCUCGACGAACUUCCCACUCAUCUAGGUGGAAUGGUGGUUCUAGCUCAAGACUUGGCCAUUCAUCAGGUACUGAAGAGAGAGAUAUUCUGCCACAAGAACAAUCCAACUCAUUUAGCAUCCCAAGGAACAUUGUGGAACAUCCUAUGUUCAUUCCUGCAAAUGAGCUGGGGAAUUCAGCUCAAAAUUCAACUAAUUGGAGUUUAACAGGUGGAAACAUAAAUAUUCCAGGAAAUGUAGCUUCUACUUCCCGAACUGGUCUCCACCAGUCAUCUGGCUCUAAUUUAGUUCCUAAUCGCCACCCUCCACAAUAUCCACGUAGAUUAUCAGAAAUUGCUCGCCGGUCAUUGUCUUCAGCCGGUUCUGACUCUGGAGGUCGGAGCAGUAGUAGUUCUUUGGUACGCCCAGUUCCUUCCUCACAAGAAAUGCCACUCUCUUCUGGAGCUGCUAACCGUGGGCAUCAUUUGUCCCGAUUGAGGUCAGCCAUAUUGAUUGAGAGGCAACUGGAAAAUGCUUUUGGGGAGCCCUACUCAUUGCAAACUUUGGCUGCUGCCAGUGAAGGAGGAAGCAGAAUUGUGUCUGAGAUACGCAAUGUCUUGGAUCUCAUGCGCAGGGGGGAGGGCUUGCAAUUUGAGGAUGUUAUGAUCCUUGAUCAGUCUGUUUUUUUCGGAAUGGCCGAUGUUCAUGAUCGGCACAGGGAUAUGCGGCUUGAUGUUGACAACAUGUCGUAUGAGGAGUUAUUGGCCCUCGAAGAGCGCAUUGGAAAUGUAAGCACCGGCCUGAGUGAAGAAAUCAUAUCGAAUCAACUGAAGCAGCGGAAAUACUUCUCUAUUGCGAUGGGUGCACAGCUGGAGGUGGAACCAUGCUGUGUGUGUCAGGAGGAAUACAAUGAUGGAGAAGGCAUUGGAACUUUGGACUGUGGGCAUGAAUUCCACACCGGCUGCAUUAAACAGUGGCUGAUGCACAAGAAUUUGUGCCCCAUUUGUAAAACAACAGCCUUCAGUAAAUGAACGAGAAUUUACCAAUUUCCAGAUCAAACUACAUCUCCCCUUGGAUUUAGGAGAGCAGAUAAUCUGUGGAAAUGCGGAGUCAAUGGACUCGUAGCACCACUGCCUUCAACUGUGCAAGAAGAUUCAUAUAUACUUCUCGUUUACUUAAUUUUAUGUUGUCGAGAACUCGACUCACUAAAAUAUGUAGAAGAAUUUAUUUUUUCCUUUGUUUUUUGGGUUUACCUGAGAUUAUUAAGUUGAUUGGUUGGCAAUACUAAAAUUUCUUUCUCCA